CAGGGCCAGGCCACUGCCUUGGGGCAGUGGGCACCCGACUGGAGGUAUGAAAGGGGCAAUGUGGAAGGAGGGCACAGAAAGGACCCCAGGGGAACCUGGGCCCCAGUCAGGUCAAGGCAGGAUGGCUGAAGCUGUGGCCUCCUGGGUUUGCCUCUGAUCCGGUCAGGCCCACUGCUGGCAGGGGCAGCCUGAGCCGGGCAGGGCCCCUCCCUCUGCUACGGCAGCCCCCCAUCAUGCAGCCCCCUCUGGACCUCAAGCAGAUCCUGCCCUUCCCACUGGAGCCAGCCCCUGCCCUGGGCCUCUUCAGCAACUACAGCACUAUGGACCCUGUACAGAAGGCUGUGCUCUCCCACACUUUUGGGGGACCCUUGCUCAAGACCAAGAGGCCCAUUAUCUCCUGCAAUGUCUGUCAGAUUCGCUUCAAUUCUCAGAGCCAGGCUGAGGCGCACUACAAGGGCAAUCGCCAUGCCCGAAGAGUCAAAGGCAUCGAGGCUGCCAAGACCCGAGGCAGGGAGCCUGGCGUCCGGGAACCUGGAGACACAGCUUCUCCGAGCAACAUCUCCACAAACGGGGAUGGUGUCACCCCCCGUCCAGUUUCCGCAGAAAAUGGACCGGGCCCAGCCCCAGGAUCCCCAGAGAAACAGCCUGGCUCCCCAUCCCCUCCCAGCAUUCCGGAGACUGGUCAGGGUACCACCAAGAGUGAAGGGGGCACUCCGGCCACCUCAGUUCCCUUGCCUGGGGGUAGCAAAGAAGAGGAGGAGAAGGCCAAGCGGCUACUCUACUGUGCUCUCUGCAAGGUGGCCGUGAAUUCCUUGUCCCAGCUGGAGGCACAUAACAAAGGUACUAAGCACAAGACCAUCCUGGAGGCCCGGAGUGGGCUGGGCCCUAUCAAAGCUUACCCUCGGCUGGGGCCCCCCACUCCCGGGGAACCCGAGGCCCCUACCCAGGACCGAACCUUCCACUGUGAGAUCUGCAAUGUCAAGGUCAACUCGGAGGUGCAACUGAAACAGCACAUUUCCAGCCGGCGACACCGAGAUGGCGUGGCCGGGAAGCCCAACCCGCUCCUCAGCCGUCACAAGAAGCCUCGGGGUGCGGCAGAGCUAGCGGGGACGCUGACUUUCUCCAAGGAGCUGCCCAAGUCCCUGGCAGGCGGCCUGCUCCCCAGCCCCCUGGCAGUGGCAGCGGUGAUGGCAGCGGCUGCGGGCUCCCCGCUGUCCUUGCGCCCGGCCCCCGCUGCCCCUCUGCUCCAAGGACCACCCAUCACCCAUCCACUGCUCCACCCGGCCCCGGGGCCCAUCCGAACGGCGCACGGACCCAUUCUCUUCUCCCCCUACUGACCUGAACCCCAACCCCUCCCGUCCAACCCCCCCCAUCAGCCCAGCCGGACCCUCCUCCUGGCACCCCUGAAUGGUCUCUCCUUCCUCCCCCACCACACCCCAGGUACGGGGUUCCAGGAAAGGGGAGGGGUGGCGGGGGUAGGGGGGCUUCAGAAGGGGGGGAACACCCCAGAUCUCAGGGAACCCCGCCCCCUGCCCUUCCUCUCCCCUAACAGAGGGGGUGGCCCGUCUCACCCCGUGCCCCCUUGGAGACACCCCUCCUCCCAAAAGCCAUGUCCAUCCAGUCCUUUCCCCCCUUCCAGCCUAGCACAAAACGGGGUUCACAAGCCAUGAUCGGGGUGGGGUGGGGGGCGGGAAGAAGUGGAUUUUCUUGGCAAUAAGCGGGACUCUGGGACUCCUGGGCUCCCACCCCCAGCCCUAAAAUGAAGCGCUUCCGUGGGACAGGCGGGACCCGGGUCCCCCCCAAGCACUUUGGUCUGACCGCCUGCGACCUCACUGUGCCCGCCCCGCACCAAGCCCCCCUCAUCUCGACUUGGGGGGCAGCACUUGGGACAUCUCUGGCACUUGGGUGGGACCAAGUAAGAUGCCCCUGCAGACACUCAACUCACUUCACCUUCUUCCCCCCACCCCACAUCCGGAUGCCCAUUCUUCUCACCAGCACCCAUCACCCAAGGGGUACUGAGGGGGGCCAGGGGUGUCCAUCCAAGCCCACCCCCCGCCUCGCCUUCCGCAAAACUGUGAGCAAAAAGCAAUAGAGCCUCGCCCCGCUGCCCCACCCACUCCGCAGGAUUCGCCUGGUCUGUAGCUCUCCCACCCCAUUCCCACCGCCUAGACCUCCAGGCUGACCCCCCACUCUCCAGACACCCCCACUGCACAACCUGGCGGGGGGCGACUUCCCCCACCUCCGUGGUUUCCGUCUUGUCAGCUCUUCCCACCGCCUUCCCUGGGGGGAGUCGGCCCCCCACUGGCCUUCCCUCUUCUGCUUGACGAUGUAGCCACCCUGGUUCCCCACCCAAGUCUCCCCACUGCCCUCGCCCUGACAAUAAAAGUCUGGAUUCGUCGCCCUCCGUCCACCCCAAA